AAAAAAGGGUAGUUCUGUCCGAGCAAAUGUGCAUUACGUAUUUUAUGUAGCAGUUUAUACAGGUCAAUAAGCUCAAUCCCAGACAUUGUGUGUCUAGUUUCACAGAGCAAUUGAAGGUGACAGGGACAGAGAGAGAGGGAGAGGGAGGGAGGGACAGAGGGAGGACACAUCACAGUAUUGCCUCGGGCUACACAACAGUAGAGGAAGAGCGAGAGAUGGAGGGACAAAGAGAAAAGAGAGGAGAGACUCACAAAGUACUCAUAGGGAAUUCCAUAAACAGUUAGUGUCAACAAAGCUGGAGAACAAGAGACGUGGAAUGAACAGGGGAAUAAAGGUCCACGGAGGAGGAAAGUAACACACAGGAUCCAGUGCAUCAUUUCACCUGCACACUUGGAGGAAGGAUUGGUGGAUCGAAAGAGGGAGAGAGGAGCCAAAGGUGACAGUGAUUAGGGGCAGACACACACACACACAGGACAGGACUCCUUUAUUUCUCUUCAUGGUGGUUUGGACACUCGUAGUAUGUAUGAGAAGUUAACAAUGCUGAACCUGCAGAGCGGCUCGAACUGGAGUGGGCCUAACAACUGGUACCAUGACCCCACCAGCGUUCAGACGCAACACAGCACAGUGUCGGAGGGCUGUCUGCUGGACACGGAGGGCAGCAUGGGUGGGGAGGCAGGGGGAGGGGGAACGGGCAGAGGGGGAGGAGUCCCCGUGGAGAGGGACGAGGGCGAGGAGUCUCAGCUGAGGCUACAGCUCAAGAGGAAGCUGCAGAGGAACAGGACCAGCUUCACACAGGAGCAGAUCGAGGCUCUGGAGAAAGAGUUUGAAAGGACACAUUACCCAGAUGUCUUUGCGAGGGAGAGAUUGGCAAACAAGAUUGAUUUACCAGAGGCCAGGAUACAGGUGUGGUUCUCAAAUCGAAGAGCCAAGUGGAGGAGGGAGGAGAAGCUGCGCAAUCAAAGGAGAUCAGGGGGCGUGACUUCCUGUUCACAGAGCCAAGCCCCUCUGACCACUUCCUUUAACACAUCUAUCUAUCACCAGCCGCACGGCAGCAGUUCAGGGUCCAUGUUGAGUCAGGCUGAGUCGGCCCUGCCCAGCUACAGCUCCCUGUCAGUUUUCUCAUCUGGAGUCCAGUCCAUUCCUCCCCAGUCGACCUCCUCCUACUCCUGCAUGUUACCUCCAUCCCCCUCUGCCCCACGCAGCUUUGACUCAUCGGCAUACUCCUCCCCUCACCUGCAGACUCCUUCCUCGGCCAACUCCAACACCGGGCUCAUAUCGCCCGGCGUUUCAGUGCCAGUCCAGGUCCCAGGAACUGAGCAGCAGAGCAUGAGUCAUAACCUGGGUCAGUACUGGGCCAGGUUACAGUGAACAACAGACAAUCGCUGCCAACCGGCAAAACAGAAGACCGAAAAAAGGGCAUGUAACAAAAAAAGUGUUGAGAAAACAAUAUGGGGACACACGGGUUGUAAGGAAGCACAGGACUGAGCUAUAGAGGGGGCCUCAAUCAGUUGCAGAGCCCAAAAUGCAUUAACUGUUUACAAAUUCAGCCAAGAGCAGCUUUGGUUGCACUUGACUGUACUCUGGUUAUACUGGUAUUUGCUUAGUAUUAUCAGGUUGCACUUUUUUGUUAAGAUAGGGUGUUAAUCAUAGGGCUGAAGUCAAAAUUACAAAUAGGAUCCGUUUGAAGUGUGUUUAGGAUUAAAAUAGAGUCUGAGAUUAGGAUAGGGUUUAGGUUACACUGUCUGUCAAGAUGCAAAAAGUGGCAGAGCUUAAUAUCCCCAGAUAGUUGAAAAUUAGCAUUGACCCCUUCAAAAGUUUUACCAUAUUUUAUUGUGUUGAACAUUUUGGCUUUUACUUAGAAAGUUUCAUGAUCCAAAAAACAAGGAAAAAGAAAAUGUACUGUUUAUUACACAAAGCACUGGAUAGAAAACAGAACGCCUGUCUGUGGUUGAAAGCUCUUAAAAGCCAGUAAGUGGACUUUUGAGUUUAGAUUAUUGUGUUAAACAUUUUAUCCAUAGAGGUGGCAGGAGACUGCUUUUGAGUUUCAGUUAAGAAAGUCAAUGUAAUGUUACUACAAGCUCUCAGCCCAACAAAAACUUAACUGCCUCCAACUUUAUUAAAAAAACAAAAAAUAACACUUUAUGAACUGUAGCCUUGACGUUUUCAAAUAUCAAAAAUGGAAAAAAAAGUCAGAUUAUUUUUGCUCAUACAUGCUGAGCAAAUUGCAGGGUUAGGAUUAUAAUUCUACCACACAGACAUUCAGAUAAGUGAUUCAAUGGUACUAAGUAAAUGCCAGCAGAUGUCUGUAUUGUGAAGUGUAACCACAGUUUCUUGUUACUUGAGCAGCUCAAUGAUAUUGUGAUAGCAAGCUUGUUCCCUAAGCAUAAACUGUGUGAGGCUACUGUGAAGAUUUUAGACUUGCUUAUGGCAAUCACGUUUACUAAAACUUAAAAAGUUACCAUAAAUAAGUAAAUCCUGCCUACCCUGCCAGCAACAUUACACUAAGACUGAUUCUGCAUAUUUUUGUACAGACAUCUGUGUAAGAUGAAUAUAACUGUGGAAUAUUAUCAGAUGUUAUUGGAGGGAAGAACGUAGCACGUUGUGGACUCAAAUCAUCCUGAAAGCACAAACUAAAUCUCAUUAGGGACGCACAAUGUCAAUAUUGUUAUCAGAUAUUGUCUGAACAUAACAGAACUUAGAAAUUACUUAUUUACAGGUAUCAAAUAUGACUUUUGCCAAAAACUACAAUAAACCAAUUUGAUUUCUCUAUGAGAUAUAGAUAUAUAUAUAUCUAAAAACAGGAGCAAUUCCAUAACUGCUUUAGCAUACUUUGAUUGGCAGGGAUCUUUUUAUACAUCACUAAUGAACCAUAUCCAUCAGUCAGUGACAACCAUGCAUCAUACACAGAAAACAAGAGGCUGCCUUCAAUCCAUCAAAUGCAAACACUUAUGAGACUGACAAUCAAAGCUAGACGUAGGGAGAAAAAUAAGGAAAAACUGUGAAAUGAUCGCAACACUGUCAAUACAAUAACAUAAUCAACUGUGCAUGACCAAAAAAGCCGUUAGACAAUCAGCUAAUUGCAGAAAUGAAUUGAGUAUUGUACAAAAGAGUUACUGUACUUGGCAGGGUUUUAACCUCUGCUCACUUUCCUCUAUUGGUUUUGUUGAUGCAUCUCAGUUUAAAUCGCAUUUAAAAUGUCUUUCAACUCUUAUUUAUUUGUCUUUUCACUCGUUCACACAAGUCCUGUGUGGUUUCUGUUGUCGUUGCGUGUUGU